AUGAAGUUUGAUAGCAUUAUCAACUGGUUUAAAUCAAAUCUUCCAAAUUUUGAAAAUGAGACUGAUCGAAUAACGAGAACGCUAAAUAUUUCUAAAUACUCAAGGUUCUGUUUCAUAUUCGCGACCUGUUUUAUAUGUUUUUUCAUACCUCUCUGGCAUUUCUUAUCACUGACUCGUCCAUUCUUUAGAUCAGCUCACAUAUUAAAGCAUCAUAUUCUAAAGAGAGGAACAUGGAUUCACCGUUUACCCAUAUAUCAUAAUCAGUCUUUACGUAUAUGUCUGUUUUGGUUCACAAUAUGUGUUAUCGGAACUUUUUAUAACACCGGAAGGGAUUUGGUUCAAAUAACUAAACGUAUGGGAAGAAUAGCAGUGGCAUUAAUGCCACCAUUGUUGUUCUUAACGUUACGCCCGUCACCUCUACCUCAAACCCUUUAUUUAUCCUUACUCCCUUUCCAUAAGUGGCUUUCUAGAAUCGUAGUUUUAGAAUCAUUGCUACAUACUAUCUUUUAUUCGUACUAUAUGUGUUGGAAAGGCGCUUUUCUACUAAAGAUGAAAAAACCUGCAAACCUUUAUGGUGUUUUGGCUAUGGUACUGUUUGCACUGAUUGGUAUUACUUCUAUUUGGAAAGUAAGAAGACUAAACUUUCGAUUGUUCUACUACGUUCACUAUAUCUGUACAUGGUCUACUGUAUUUUUGCUGCAUUUCCACGCUAGACCUGGGAUUCCAUAUUACACCACAUUGAAUUGUUGUAUUUUAGUUUACCAAAUUGCAUAUAGAGCAUACCAUACAAGUUUGACAAAGUUUAUUGUCAUUCCUUUGUCACCUAAUCUUACCGUCGUCGAGUUUCCAACAAAGGAUCUGGUUAGAAAGCCUAUCUUGCCCUCAUGUCAUGUACGGGUCAAUAUAUGUCAUGGAAACUUUAUAAAACGAUGGAUAUCUAAUCUUAUUCGACUACAGCAUCCAUUUACUUUGGCUAGCCUACCAACAGAUGAAACAGCUAGGUUAAUCAUUCGGAAUGGUAGAUUUCCCCUAAGAAAUGGAUCUACCUAUUAUAUCACGGGCUCGUACGAACCUAUACUAAACUUCAUUACUAAACCAACAGUAUCACACUCUUGGCGCAUUAGACGUGCGUCGCUUGCUGCUAUACCAUCUCCUAUGACGUACAUAAUCAAUGCAAGAAGGGUUUUAAUCUGUGUUGGAGGUUCUGCCAUCGCAUUUGGUCUGCCACUGUUAAGGAUCUUAAAAUUUAAUGGUGUAAAUGUGAGGUUAAUUUGGGUCUGUAGAGACUAUAGAGACUUGAAACUUUUACAAUACUUCAAACAUAAUUCGGAAGGAUUAGAAGUCUACAUUAGUGGACAGGAAGUUGAGGAACAAGAUAUUGAUUUAGAUUAUUCGGAAGAAUCUGAAAGAGAGACAGAAGAACAAGGGACUUUAGCAGAGAAUAUUUCUCUUUUGAGAACAGGCAAUGACCAACCAAAUACAAAGAGAAAUUUCGGUUCAAUGAAUGCAAUAACGUCGAGUAGUCAUGAUGAAAUUGAUUUUACAGGUACCUAUACACCAAAAAAUAAAAAAUCUUUUAAAAAUGGAAAUGGUGAUAAGUCUGAUCUGAAAUUUCCUUCCGAGAGUGCGUUUAGAGACCCUGUUGUUAUAGAUGCUCCUUCUACGAAUUUGUCACCUGCUAGUUUAUCGAUUACUCAGGAUGAAGAAGCCUCCCCAAAAUUAUCGUGUCCAAUUGAUUCCAAGAUUAAGAUUCCGUCGGGAGUGAAGGUCUUUUAUGGGAGACCAACUUUAAAUAAUGAGCAUUACGCUUGGUGCUUAGAAACUGAAUGUCCAGGGCCUAUAACUCCUAAUAGUCUUUGCAACGGAGAUAUUGAUUCAAGUGGCUCAGACUCACAUAUUAGCAGACUGUCAGAGGUGUGGGUCGUAGCCGCUGGACCGCAAAGUUUGGUUGAAAGUACAGGACGAUGGGCAACUGACGGGGGCUUGCGUUUUCACGCAGAAAGCUUUGCUGUUUAA